GUUACCGCCCAAGGUGGCGGAGAGUGAUGUUGUUGGUCGGUCGCGUAGCGUUUGGGAUGCCCAUCGUUGUGGGCAUCGGCCCAGGUCUGCCAGCAGUGGCCGAGUGUUCGGCGAUGUGUUUGUUGAUAUGCAGGGAAGCCCGGUCUGUCGGCGGGGCAGGUUUCCCUGGGCCUCUCUCCCAACGCCUGCCCCUCGCCAGAGAUGGUCUGCAGGCUGGCUCCGUCUCCAGACCGUGGUGGGAGAUCGUGUAGUCGGUCGACGCUUGGACUGCCCCAACCACUUGAUCAUGGGGGAAGUCAGCGGCCAAGCCGCUGGCCGUUCCGCGCCGUGGCCAUCUUGGCUCGAGCAUCUGGUCCAAGCCGUCGCGCGGCUCCGUGCAGCCGCCGCCAGCCUCCUGCGGUCCUCGGCGCGAGCCCGCCCGCCGCUGGCCCAUGGCCCUGCCAGUGGCGCAGGGCUGGGAUGGCGCGGGGUCCGGCCAGGCCGUCGGGCUGCUGGCGCUGUGCAUGGUCGGCCACGUCGUCGCCACGCUCUGCGUGUGCAUGUCCGGGGGCGACCUGCUGACGGCGGACGUGCCCCGGCUCUCGAGGAGCACGCGGAGCCUGCGGCCGGCGGCGCGGCCGCGGAGGCAGCGGCGCCAGCGGAGGGUGCCGCGGGCGAGGCCGCGCGUGCACGGGCAGCCGCCAGGUGCAGCAAUGGGGUCGACGAUGAGCACAGGCUGCGCAAUCGCGCGUGCAUGGACCGGUACAGGCAGGUCAUGAUCGGGAUGGCCAGGGAGCCGGGCGUCGACGUCGUGUUCGGGGCCAACGAUGGGGUGCAGUUCGAGCCCGCCGUUUACAUCGGCUACUGGAAGAGGGUGCCCCACCACACCCGCGUGCUGGUGGAGCCCGUGCCCUCUUUGUUCGCCAAGCUCUCAAAGAACCUCGCCAAUCUGACCACGGCGCCAGUACUCAUAAACAAGGCGGUGAAGACCGCUGGCUCUUCAGAUUCCUUGGACCUCUACUGCUUUGACACCGCCAUGGUCGAUGAUUGGGUGCUCAACGGGCGGACCACGCUCCCGGAAGAGGUCAGGAAGCCGGAGGCGUAUUGGAACGCCCUGUGCUCCACGGAGAAACAGCAGCUGCUGGACCGCGCGAACAUCUUGCGCCCGCUUGCGCGCAGAAAGAUGACACCUGCAGAUAUAAAGCGCGUGCUGAAUGAGGUGGACAAAUUUGUACGGCUCCACCACGUACCAGCGGCCAGCCCGGCAGAUAUAAUUGCGGAGGUGUCUGCGAGAGGGGACUUGAGCGCAGGCGACAUCAAGUAUGUGCAGAUAGAUGUGGAGGGUAUGGACAAAGACAUUAUGCUGGCCCUGCCUUUUGGAAAGAACGAUUUCUUGCCAAAGGUCGUCCUCUAUGAAGGUUGCUACCAGGAAGUCUCCGAACACCUGAACGAGCACGGCUACGAGUCGUGCUGCUGCGUCAACGUAUACGGCACCAACACCCUCGCAUAUCGGCCAUGAAGCGAACGCGCGCUUGAGAGCGGCGGCUGCUCGGCAUCGACGUCAAGGAUGUUGCCUCGCGGAGACUCUGGGUGUAACCGCAUUCCGGACGUGCGCGACGAAGUGACCUUGCAGUGCGUGCGCCGGGUCCGAGUGCGCCCAGCGCGAAUGAGCGGUGUGCUUGACGGGGGGAUGCAAUCCUUGGCGAAGGAGCCGUGAGCUCCAGCGCGAGCGCUCGAGUGCAAGCCGACGUUGUUUCCCCCUUCUUUCCUCCCUGCUCGAGCGUGUUGUCACCUUUGCCACUGAUGCAGACUCCAGGUGCAUUUGCAAGGGUAGUGCCUUCAGCCUGCUAGUGAGGGCGGCGUGCAGUAGUACCAGUCCGUGCGAGGUGCGGGGAAGGCAAACCGACAAAAACAGUGGUCGCUUCGCGGUCGCUUUCUAGGAAGUCGUAGAUCUGGUUGCCUUCUGGACCGCCUGCCUGGCUGGCCUCGGGGACUGCCCAGCAUGCUCGCCCCUCGCGUCGAGGAA